AUGAUUGAUAGUGACUUUUAUUCACAUUUUGUUUGCUAUAGUUUAUCACAACAUGCCACCAAUCCAUUCAGAGACUACAAUUAUCUCGCUAAAUCAGAUCCUAUCCAGCAUGCUGAGUUUGUAGAACUACUCACUGUAAUCAAACUAGAUGGUAAAACAGACAUACUGGUCGAGGUCACAAAGGAAGUUGAAAAAGUCAACGAAGAAGCUCACAAGUUUGCAUUUGAUAUUGUCUUCUGUCCUCUCAAAGUGCAGUUAGCUGACCUUUCAACCAUGGAGGUGUGGUCAUCUGUGGGCAGUGGUGCAGUACUAAGUGUUGAUUUGCCAUCUUUCAGUCUGUCUCCAAUGGAAUAUAUUACUAAGAUUGGACAGUACUUAAUGACGUUACCACAGCAACUAGAAUCUUUUACCACUCAAGAUAAUACAGCCCUAGAGAAGGCAUUACAGAUGGGAAAGUUGCCAUUCCCUGAUACUCAAGGUGAACAUGAAGAAGAUACAGUAGUGGAUCAGUGGAUAGGAUCUAUCGCCAGGGCAACCAUGCAUCAUUAUGUAGAACAGAUACUGAUGGUACCACAGCUCACAACGCAGGGCACUAAGCAAUUGUCAGCAGAUAUUGAUUACCUGUGUAAUGUACUAGAUGCACUUGGUAUACCAGCUUCAACAUCACUGUCUUCAGUUGAUACCUUACUUAAAACACCCAUAGCUCAGUAUGAAGAGAUUGGUGAUGACAUUGAGGCUAGACUGAUAAAUGCUGUUGUUGGAAUGCGAUCCAUAGAAUAAUCAGUGAAUGUCAUGGUUUUCAACGAUGUCAGUUCUCUUUCUAAGAUAACAAACUGUAGCUAUUGUAACCACUAGACUGUGUGCAAUGAAUUGCAUUGCUAGAUGGUGAUAGUGUCAAAAAAGACAUGGACAGCAUGAAUAGGAUAUAAUGUUAUAUAAACAUGGUGAAGGUGUUGCAUGAAGUGUGCAUGCUGAAAUAGACAUGGCAAUUCAUGUCAGGGCAGGUUAUGUUUUCAUGGUAAUUAUCAACAUUGGUCCUGGAACAGAUCUGACAACAUUGAAAUGAACAACAUAUAUAUAUAUCAAUGAAUUCGUAAUCACUGUAGAAACCUCCAAAUACAAGCUGCAUUAAUCUAAGAGCUAACAAGUGUGUUUUGUCAAUAAUGACUUCGUUAGUAUUUUCAUAUAUUGCAGUAUUUAAGAAAGUGUACAUCAGGAAAUUGAUUGACAGCGUAAGUUGCUAUUAGCAUUACAGCUGGUAUAUUUAUGGCAUGUUAUAUCUGAGUGGGUGCAUAACAACAUUAUCGACCAAUAAGAUUAUGCUUAUACAUUAUGCCUUGAAAUUUCAAGGUGAGAAAAGAGGGGAUAAAAUAUUUAAAGAUGUCAUUUUGGUAAAAAUACUAGUAGUUUAUUCAUAAGGAAACAAAUAAGUUUAUUCCAUCCACUAAUGAUGUUUUUAUAGUGCAUGUAGUUGUCUCCUAGCAACAACUGUGAUUUAGCAUAAAAUGCUUACAUUUUGUGCACAUUUUCCCAAAAAUACAUCAUUGACAAGCUGAUAUGGUGAUUUGAAGCAAGUCAUGGCUGAGGGCUAAGACAAAAAAUAUAUUCAUGAAUAAAUGUAUAAAUUAAUAUAAAAAGGGAAAUAAAAUAAACUGGAAUGGGAACAAUGGAGUUUUGUUUUAUAUGUUUCUUGAUUUUUGAACCCGCACAGCAAAUAUGAAGACAUACACUGGUCAUUUUAUAAAUCUGAUAUUUCGGGUAUAAGAUUGCACUUCAUGAAAAAAGAUGCAAUAUACCAGUCUCUUCCCAGAUCUAAUAUUACAUUAUAUUAUAUUUGUUGACAUGUACAAUGGCACUUAAAAUGGUGAAAUCAGUUGAGUAAAAAAAAAAGAAUAUAAAGACAAAUAUUAGACAUGAAUAAAAUGAGCCUAUAACCAAA